UCUCCCCUUCUUCUGUCUCUACUUCUCUUUUCUUUCCUCUUAAGUCUGCCAUGGCUCGAGCUCGAGUUGGCUCAUGGUCACUUCAGGUCAAGGAGGGACAGCGCGCCGCCAAAUGAAGACUGCAUCGAGCUUCAUUUGUGGUGAGAUGGCUUGAGGCUGAGCUCAAAACUCGAGUGCUAACCAAAGCUCCGAGUUUGAGGUCGAGCGAGUGUCGUCGAUGAUGGAUGGGAAAAAACAAUACACAGGAACAGGCGAGGACGAUCCACGUGAUAAAAUCGCAUUAAAUUAGGAAACCGAAGCCGACCCGAUACGCCAACGCGUCCGUUUACAAAACCCAUUUGCUCAUUUCCUCCUCCCAGCUCCGCAUCCGACCCCGCCCGCUGAGACUCUUCAAGAAAGUUUGGGUUUUUAUUUUCAUUUCAUAUCUCCUUGUCCGUCUACCCAUUUGGUUGUCGUCCCAAAGACCAUUUGGUAGAUGGGUCUAAUCUUCUCGAGCGAGUCCCUGUGUUCCGCGCCCCCGCACAGGCGGUGACAGCCAUAUAUGAGCGUCAGCAUGCUUGUGAGCAGGUCAUCCAUGAGCCAACUCGAGCUCGAACCAUGGCAGACGCAAGAGGAAAGAAAAGAGAAGUAGAGAGAGAAGAGGGAGAGAGAGGGUCACGGGCAGAAACGGAGGCGAGGAAAGAGAGUAAAGGGGAGAGAGACGGAGUGUUAACGGAGUAGUGGAGACAUUCAGGUGGGCCUGAAUUUGCCACGUUUCGUUCAGUGUAUGGUUUAUUGCACCAUCAUUUAUGUCAUGUUAAACACACCUGAUAUUUUCUCCUAUCUACCGCCAACCACAAUAUUCAUGGCACCUUCCCUGAACGCAAUGCGACAGAAAUAUCGCUAAACAACGAGACAGCGACAUCCGACACCCACCCUCGCGGCAGUUCCUGGGACCUGGCAUCACCAUGGCACUUUCCAGAAAGCUCUACUGUAGCAUAAAGAAAGCAAGGGGUGGUGUGAAAAACGAGACCCCAAAAGUCAAGCAUCAGUCUGUCGCUCCGAUUCCACGUUGCGUAGCUGGUUGAAGCUUUUUAUGAGAUCAUCAGGUUGAAUCGGAGCUCCCAUCGCGCUCUUGCUCAAAUAUUCCCGUUUUCUUCUUAUUCUUCUUCUUCUCUCUUUGAAGAGAACUGAGAGAAAAGGAUAAUUUGAUAACCGAGCGUAUCUCAAGCAGAGCCCAUGAAGUCGAACGGAGCGAGCCCAUCAAUCGCCCUUCCUCUGCUCGCGCUCUCCUCGUUCUUCUUCUCUCUCGCCGUCUCCGAUCCUGGAAUCACCGAAGCGGGCCUCAUCUGCGAGGAAUCCACUUGGAUUGUCGCUGGAAACGUCGUCUCUGACCUCAUCGCCACCGUGAACGAGCUCUCCGACAGCGUCGCCGCCCAGCGCUGGUGGAAGUACUCCCUCGCCUCGCCGCCGCCAGCAGUGUACGGCCUCUUCCAGUGCCAUGGUGACUUGACUGAAACCGAGUGCCGCCUCUGCUUUACCGAGAGCUGGAUCCGGAUCGCCCGCUGCCUCCCCAACUUUGGUCGGCUCUACCUCGACGGCUGCUUCGUCCGUUACAGCAGUUACGACUUCUACAACGAGACCGUCGAUCCGACGCACGACAUGCUCAAGUGUAGUUCCAAUUUGACAGUCCCGGCAGAGAGAGUGGCCGAGUUCUCAGAUAGGGUGGACCGGGUCCUGAGGAAUGUCUCGACCAGCGCAGUGCAGAACAAGGGCUUCGCGGUGGCUGGGGAGGACGGAAUUGGAGGAGUCGCCGGGGUAUAUGCUUUGGCACAGUGUUGGAGCACGCUUGAUGCCGGCGGUUGCAGAGUCUGUUUGGAGAAUGCAACUUCGAGGGCAAGAAGCUGCGCUCCCAGAGAAGAAGCGCGGGCCAUGAACGCGGGAUGCUUCCUCCGUUACUCGACCACAAGGUUCUACGACGUCCCUCAUAGCGGAGGUUCAUCUAUGGUUCGCAUCACCAUAGCAAUAACCUCAUCGGCUACUGUAGUGACUUUGCUUGUUCUCAUUGGUGCAUACAUUGGAUACAAAAAGUACUCCAAGAAGAAACAAAUGCAAAAUAACCUCAUGCAAUUACGAGCAAGCAAGAGCAAGUUUAGCUUAUAUUUCAAGUACAAGACACUGGAGAAGGCCACCAACUUCUUUGAUGACUCAAGGAAGCUAGGCCAAGGGGGCGGCGGUUCCGUGUACAAGGGGAUUUUACCCGACGGGAAGGUCGUCGCGGUUAAGCGGUUGGUAUUCAACACAUGCCAAUGGGUGGAUGACUUCUUCAAUGAGGUGAACCUGAUUAGUGGGAUCCGACAUAAGAACCUCAUGAGGGUUUUGGGAUGUAGCAUUGAAGGCCCAGAGAGCCUCCUCGUCUACGAAUAUCUUCCUAAAAGAAGUCUUGAUCUAGUUCUUUUUGAAUCUAUUGUUGCAGUCAACAAUGCGACCCCGGUCCUAACUUGGGAGGAGAGGCUGCACAUCAUCAUAGGAACAGCUGAGGGCCUUGCAUAUCUUCAUGGAGGUUGUGGAGUGAAAAUCAUCCAUCGGGACAUAAAAACCAGCAACAUCCUCCUCGACGAAAAUCUCACAGCGAAAAUCUCAGAUUUUGGGCUUGCUCGAUGCAUUGCUCUGGAUAAGUCUCAUCUUAGCACAGGAAUCGCCGGCACAUUCGGUUACAUGGCACCUGAAUAUUUGAUGAGGGGACAGCUAACGGAGAAAGCUGAUGUUUAUGCUUUUGGGGUGCUGGUUCUUGAAAUCUUGAGUGGUAGGAAGAAUAGUGUAUACACACGGGGGUCGAGCUCGAUAUUACAGUCGGUAUGGAAGCAUUACAAGUCAAAUAAUUUAGCCGCAUGCAUUGAUCCGGCCUUACAAGGUAAAUUCCCCAUCCUGGAGGCAUCGAAUGUGCUCCAAAUCAGCCUUUUGUGCACUCAAGCCUGCAUGGAAUUGCGACCACCCAUGUCUAGGGUCGUCGAGAUGCUCCACGACAAAAAUUGUGUACUCCCCCAACCGAGCCAACCCCCGUUCCUCAACGCUAGCGUGCUGUUCGACAAAUCUAGCAGCAGAAGCUCUACAUGAACACAUGGCUGUUGAACCAACUCACGGCAUCCGAGGUCUCUUCCAGCUUGACAAGAAGCCCUCUUCCAGCUUUGCUGCAUUUGUUGAAUGUAUGCCCUAAAGCUACUAUGUAAUGGUUACAAAUUAGGGA